AUGCAACAGCAGGGGAAGCAGCAAAAGCAAGAGAAUGGAGAGGGCGACUGCAUGGAUGUUAGCAGCACGGGUUCGGAUGGUGACGGACUGGAGACCCUUUGCGCCCCCGGGUUCAUUUCAAAACAUGAUGUUGGGACGCCCCGACCAGAAUGUUCUGCUGCAGGAGCGGCAGAAGGAGGUGCAGCUCCAGGUAAGGAAACUUCCCCCCCGGGGUUCCACCCAUACGGCGGAGCAGCGCCAGGGAUCCUCACCUUCCAGCUGCUAGGAGAUAGAGGAAACAACAAAGUAGCGAAGCACAUCCCGAAACCUCCUCAACUGCACCACCCUAGGCCACGUAUAGGUCAUACGAUCAGCCCAUUUAACCUUCCGACGAGGGGCUCGCACCAACAGCCGCAACACCAGCAAAAACAGCAGCGGAAAACAUCUUGCAUUCGGGGGCACGUCGAGGAGCAAAGCCAGCAGCAAAAUAUCACGGCGCAUCCACCGUUGGCAUUCCAUAGUAGUAGUGGCGUCGGCAGCGGCCCAGGUUUUAACAGAAGGAGCACCAACAGGUGCAGUGCAGAGAAAUGUUGGGCGCAGUGCCUUGUCAGGCCGGUAAUGAUUGGUGGCACAUGUGCCACAGCUGCUGCUGCUGCUGCAGGAGCAGCACCCAACGAACUCUUGCACAGAAUUAUAGAGAGGACACGUGAGAUAGCAGGGGACGCAUUUUUGGGAUUCACUGCAGCAGAAGCCGCUGCUUCUCUGCGGCAGACACCUUUUCCGGUGUUGCAGCAAGCAGCGGCAGAAGCAGCGGCGCGAAGACCGCAGCCGCACACUUUGCUGCCCCAGAGAUCUUCGCCACCGUCACCAACAGCGAAAAAGGAACGGGAAGUUGUAGCAUCAGCAGCACCGGCCUUUCUCGAGAGAGAAUGGCUGGAAUGUUAUAUAUCUCUUCUGUGUAGUGCUGGAAGCGAUUGCUGGCUGUGGUGGCGCUUGCACCUAGCGGAGGCCUCUGGAGAUCUCGGUAUUUCUAGUACUGAAGCCGCUGCUACAUGCGUAGCGACGCCAGAACAACGCGUACAUCACGCUGCCGCUUCCGUGUCUGCCGAGAGGCAGUGUUCAGCUGUUGCUGUCUUUGGUGGUCGAAAGGCGGACGGCGGUUUGGCGGACAAUGAAUUGUAUCUGUUGGAGGUAACGCCACUGCUCUCCCUAGACUUGCCGUUGUACAUAUUGGGAGAUUUGCUGUCUCUAGCACAUUCUCAGCCCGCACAAGGAGCAUCAACGGCAGCCGCUUUAGCCGCUGCAGAUGCAGAAAUCGCGGCAGCUGUGGCACGCGCUGCCUCCGGUGACGUGAGGAGUCAGAUAGACCAAUCUCACCAGGAUGCAGCAGCACCACAUGCCGCUUGGAGGAACAGCAGCAGAAGCAGCAGCAGUAGCAGCCCGCCCAUGCUGAGAUGGCGCGUACCCCUAUGUAUUGGUUCAAAGCCUCCACCUCGGCUUGGUCAUUCUCUAGUGUAUGCGGAGCCCCACCUGAUCCUCUACGGCGGCAAAGAUGAACGGGGCCGGCUGCUGAACGACGUAUGGCUGCUGGAUAUAUUUGAUUGGAAAGAAGUGACUGGACCUACAUCCGCAGGAGCACGAGCAGCAGUGGGGACCGUUUCUGAUGACGUGGGUGCAGUGCCGGCGUCCGGCGAGGGUGAUUGCGGGCGGGUGGACCUCGGUGGUACUGCCCCGCUCUCGGCUUUACGCACUUCACAGAAAUGCGAAGGGAAGCUGGAGACAUGUGCGUCAGGCUGGCAGCAGCAGAAGUGGGAGCUACAGGUGCAGCAGCACCCAGUAGUAGUACUGCGUGCAACGGCGAAAGUAGUAGCCAAUGAAGCUACAGAUGCAUCACUUGAAAGGGGAGACAGCAGCAACAAUAGCUUUUGCACUAUCAGCAGAAUUACCCGGCAUAGUAGCUUCGCUGUUAACUACGUGGAUGUCAGGAGCAGUACGCUUGUGUCAUUGCAGGGUAUCCUCCCCGUCCGAGUUACGAACUCAGCAGAUAGACGAUUUAUGCAUGCGUCGGUUUGCGCAGGUUCUUCAUUGCUGUUGUUAGGCGGCCUCCAGAUCCGCCCUGGAGCACCACCGUGCGCCGUCGCAUGCCCAGUCAUCUCGCAUGACGCUCGAAGCCACCGGAGUGUUUCUUUCCCCCAUGCGCCCAUAUCUGCUCUAGUAGGCCACCAGGCGUGGCAGGUCGGCGGACAAUUGUUUUCCUUUGGAGGCCUCGAAGUUAACGAAGGUGAUAGUGAGCCCCUUAGCCCUGUUCCCGUAAGCGGCGUCGUCGUUUUUGAUGCAUGCGAGCUGCUCUCGUCCGCUGCUGCUGAGCCGCUGUUGGCAACUAGGUACCAGACGCAGUUGCAGCUACAGCUGCGUGCUGCACCGGGGACAGUAUUUCGCCCAGGCUUACAUAAUCAUGCAGCAGCAGGAAAUAACCAGUGCUUUGGGGAAGAAAACAUUAGAAGAAGCACGGGCAGCAGCAGUCUGGAACAGGGAAAUAUGGAAGAGCAGGAGCCAGCUAGUAAUGUUUCCUACAGCAGGGUGCUGCAUCAGGAGACAGUUCAUAUAGGCAAUGCACCAAAAGACUUGCCAGUGGAUGCGCCAGUUGCCGCAUCAACACGGGAAGCGGUUACGAUCCCACAAUCUGCAGGUAGUAGCACCGCACCCUACUCUGCGCGAGGACGCGCACCACUGGAUGCUUGCAGUGAGAGCAAGAGGCCGUGCUCUAGGCCGCGGAGCUUCGACUCCUCUUCUUUUUCGAAACAAGGGACCGCGUCGGAAGCAACAACAGGAGCAGCAGAUCCUCCUGCCCCUGCUCGUUCACUGGCUGGUGCUGCAGCGGCGAUUGACAUCGGCCAGACUUGUGUAGCAACCACCGGCAAACAACUGCAGGGGCAAGGACGUGGAGGAGGGGAGGGAGGUUCGGAAGCUUUCCAUCCACCCACUGGCGAUAGGGCAGCACCUACCCUUGCUGUUGUAACAGCCGUUACAGCUGUUUCUGCUGCUUCGACGGACUUGUGCCAGUCGCUGGGUGCGAACGCCUGCACCCCCCGGCGUAGUCGGCGGAUGGCAGCUUUACAGGCCCUGGAGUCUUUUAAGCAACUCCCCGAUACCUUGACCUCCGCUUCCGCUGGGGCUCCUGGAGCGGCGUUGGCGGCACCGACCCCAACACCAGCAGCUGCAGUAGGAAUGCGGUCGGGUGCAGAAGGCAUUUAG